AUGCCUAAGUGUUUUUUAUGUGAAAAAGAUUUUGAUAACAUCAAAAGUCUUUUUAAACAUUUUGAUAUUCAACACUUCAAUCAUGAAUUUAAUUUUUAUCAAUGUAAUGAAGCAAAAUGUACAAGAUCAUUUUAUUUAAAAAAUUCUUUUCGUAAACAUUUAGCAAAACACUCAAUUGAUGAUUUCAUACAGCCUUCUACUAUUCAACCAUUAGUUUCUUCUAUUUCAACCUCAGAAUCUACACUUAAAUAUUUUGAUUCUGUUCCUAAUUCUGCUGAAAAAUUGAAUAACAAACAAUUUAUUGAACCAAGUGAAAUUUUGAAUAAAACAAUAAGUAAUUUUCUCUCAAUUUUGUAUGCCAAUUCUAUUAUAUCGAGAAAUGUUGUUCAAAUUGUGGUCGAUGGCAUGGAAACUGUUUUUUCCGAGGGUAUUGUUGCUUGUAUAAAGACAUAUAUUCAACAAAUGAUAUUUGAAGGCAAAAUUUCCGAAGAAAAUUUUAAUAUUUUCACCAACAUUUUUAAUAUGAUUGAAAAUUCAUUUAGUAAUUUUAAAACCGAACACAAACGUUUCUCUUAUUUUGCUGAACAAGGUUCAUUUGUUAAACCCAAAGAAAAGAUAGUCGGUCAAAGGUUAAAUACUGUUAUGAAAGGUGGUAUUUCAGUUUUAAAACCCUUCAAUUGCACAGAACAAUGUAUUCCACUUAGGAGCGUAUUAAAAAACUUUUUUUCACUCGAAAACGUACUAACUGAAACUCUAGAUUAUAUGGCUAGUUUAAAAAAUGAAAGUGGGAUUUUAACUAAUUUUAUACAGGGCACUUACUGGAAAAGUAGAAUGAUAAAACAUGAAGGACGAAUUGUGCUCCCACUUUUCAUGUUCUUUGAUGAUUAUGAAAGUGGUAAUGUUCUUGGAAGCCAUUCGGGCAUUCAUAAAUUAGGUGCAGUAUAUGUAUCAAUUCCGUGCAUACCACCUCAUCGUACAACAUUGUUGUCAAACAUUUUCUUGGCUUUGCUUUUUCACUCUUCUGAUAGAGUUCAAUUCGGAAAUAAAGUAAUUUUUAAACCUAUAAUUGAUGAAUUUAAUUUUCUGAUGGCAAAUGGUGUGGAUAUAGAUAUGCCAUUUUUCACAGGUAAAUUAUAUUUUGAGUUAGGACUUAUUUUGGGGGAUAACCUUGGUCUACAUUCAAUUACUGGUUUUGUCGAAAGCUUUUCCUCUAAUUUUUGUUGUAGAAUUUGUACAAUGGGAAAAUCAGAUAUAAAAGUUAAAUGUUACGAAGACAAAUCUCUCUUAAGAAAUAACGAACAGUAUUUUAAUGAUUUAAAAAAAAAUGAUUUGUCUGCAACAGGAUUAAAAGAAGAAUGUAUUUGGUUAAAUGUUACAGAUUUCAGUUUAUUUGAUCAAGUGGGUGUAGAUAUCAUGCAUGAUUUGUUAGAAGGCUGUGCUAAAUACAUUAUGAGUUUUAUUUUAAAAAGCUACAUAAAAGAAUUAAAACUUUUUUCCUUAAAAGUAUUGAACGACAGAAUAUUUGCUUUCGAUUAUGGACCAGAACACAACAAACCAUGCAUUAUAUCUAUGGAUCAUAUAAAUGUAGGGAAAAUGAAACAAUCAGCAUCUGAAAUGUUAACUUUUAUCAGAUAUUUUGGCUUACUUAUUGGUGAUUUUGUGCCAGUAGGUGAGCCAAUUUGGUACCUGUAUUUAUCCAUGCGCAGAGUUUUAGAUAUUGCAUUGUCAACAUCACUCGAAGAAAAUAGUUGUUUGUUAUUAGAGACUGUCGUGGGAGAAAUGAAUGAACUUUAUUUAAAAUUGAGUAAAAAUGACCUUAAACCGAAAUUUCAUUUUCUUACUCAUUAUUCCUCAAUGAUAAAAAAACAUGGUCCUGUUGUUCACUUAUGGUCAAUGCGGUACGAAGCUAAACAUAGAAUUUCCAAAAUUUCUGCAAGAUCCUCUUUUAACAGACGUAACAUUUGCAUGAGUUUAGCUAUAAAGCACCAAUUACAGUUAAAUGAAGUAUUUAACAAGGGGAAGUUAUGCAGCACAAUUAAUGUUGGACCUAGGAAAAUAUUAAAUUCCUUAAAAAUUGGUGAAAUAAAAACUGAAUUCAAUCUUAGUAGUGAUGAACAAUUAGUUCGAGUUAGUUGGGCAGAAAUUAAAGGAACUCGUUAUAAAAUCAAUAGCAUAUUAACUAGAGAUGUAGAUGAUGAAAACCCACAAUUUAUAUUAAUAAAAGAUAUUUUUCUUAAUGGGUCUGAAAGAAUCAUAUUUGAGUGUUGUAUGUUUACUACAAUAGGGUUUAAUGAACAAUUUUAUGCUUAUGAAGUUGAAAUCCAUGAAUUAAGUAAUUGUUUUAUUUUCCAAGACUCAUUAAUUUCUCCUAUACCAAAUACUUUAAAUGUUGUGUCAAAUGGAGCAAAAUAUGUGACAGUUCGUGAUCCGUUGUAA